CUUAAGAAUGCGGAAGUAGUACGAAUACAGGUAGAUGACAGCGUAUAGGACAACGCCGCUUUUUAGUUACCUUAGACUGCGUUCGUUAAUGUCUGCAGUUUCUUGACAUAAAUUGGACUUUGGACUCCUGUUCUAUACGGAAAGAUUAAGCACAGAGUUUCAAUGGCAGGCAAUGCAGUGGUGGUAAUGCGGCUGCUGGCUUCGGCCUACUCUGUGGCUGAGAAAGCAGGAGCGAUUGUAAGGAAAGUGCUGCACAGUGGAGAGCUGGGUAUCAUUGAGAAGACAGGGGUUGAUGACCUACAGACACUGGCGGACCGACUUGCUCAGAAGAGUAUAUGUGCCUCUCUAUCGAAGCGCUUCCCUAAAAUCACCAUCAUUGGCGAGGAGGAUCUGCCAGCUGAGGCAGUGGAAGAGGACCUGAUUGAGACCGGCCAGCAUGAUGGAAUAUUACAAAAGCCAUGCCCUGAUGAAUACAGCAAGUUAAAGGAGGAAGAGCUGGUUGUGUGGGUUGAUCCUCUAGAUGGCACCAAAGAGUACACGGAAGCUGCAUACAUAUUGAACAGCCCAGUUGUCUGUGUGAAUUGGCUCGAGGCCCACAGAUCUCCAACAAGGCUCCUGGAUCAUGUGACUGUGCUGAUAGGCAUCGCGUAUAAAGGAAAAGCAAUCGCUGGAGUGAUCAAUCAGCCCUUCUACAACUAUCAGGCGGGUGCAGGUGCCACUUUGGGCCGAACUCUCUGGGGAAUAUUGGGUUUGGGAGCCUUCGGGUUCCAGCUACAGGAAGUCCCAGAGGGGAAACGCAUCAUCACCACCACUCGCUCUCACAGCAAUAAACUCGUUACUGAUGCCGUGCAGGCCAUGGAUCCUCAUGAUGUCAUCAGAGUGGGAGGAGCUGGGAAUAAGAUUAUUCAGCUGGUGGAGGGAAAAGCGUCAGCGUAUGUGUUUGCCAGUCCGGGCUGUAAGAAGUGGGACACCUGUGCAACUGAAGCCAUUCUGCAUGCUGUCGGAGGAAAGCUGACGGACAUGCACGGGAAUGCUUACCGAUACGACGCCGAAGUGAAGCACAUGAACUCGGCUGGUGUGUUAGCCACACUGAGGAACCAUCAGUUUUACGCCAGCAGAGUUCCCCAGUCCGUCCUCAAGGCCCUGCAGUCCGACUGAAACAGCCACAGCGGCUUUAUGGACGUCUUCCUGCCUUUCAGUUUGUUUCCCUUCAACUGAAAUCAUUAGAGAAGGGGUUAAUGACUGUCAUCAGUGACAGAAAAUAGAUCUGGGAUUGUUACUGACACAAGUUUUAAAUUUUUUAAUUGCAACAUUCUCACAUUUGUCUAAUCUGCCAAUAUUUUGGCAUGUUAGAACACUAUGUUUUUGUACGUACACUGAGAUACCAGUUAAUUGCGUCAACCAAUCAUAUAUGUUACCUUGUUUGUGUACAUUUGCUGACUGUAGCCCAUGUGUCAUAAAAGUGGCAGAUAAGCCAGUUGACAUUUGAAUCUGGAAUGACUGACAGUGACACAGGUGUUUUAAACUCUCCGAUAUUAACUGACACCCUGGAAGCCAAGCCCUCUUCCCUCUGUCUCAUAUCUCUCGUCUCCUCUCAAUUUUCCUGCUUGAAAGAUGCAAUUGACAGAUGGCAGCCCUCACAUUCUCAUGAUAUAUGUAGAAUGUUUGGAGUUCAUUACUGUUAAAUUUAUCAAAAUACAGUAUAUUUUUGAGCUGACAUUAGACAAGUAUAUACUUAAUAUCAGUUAGCUAUAUUUAUUAGGGAUGCCACAGAAAAAAAAUUGACUGAAAGUGGUCACAAAGGGGAAAUAGGCCCAGAACGGAGUGUAAAACAUUUUGACAAUUUUAAUGGUUCCUGGUCCUCAUUUUACAUUUGACUUCCUGCUUCAUCCUCCGUUGCCUCUACUUCACAAAAACUCCAGUAUGGGUAUGCAUUUAUUGUGUGUUGAAUUAUAAUUUUAUUUAAAUUAGUUAAUGACUCUUAACAGUAUGCUCUGUUAUAAGGAUAAAUUUGCCAGUUAAUUUAAUUAAUUGUUGUCAUCUCCUCUUGACAUUAGCAUUAACUCCACAAGAGUAAAGACCCCUCUACUGAGAUCUGUUUAUCUUGUAUUUCAUAAAGCAAUUCACUUGGUGUUUUUGUGGACUUUGAUUUCUGGACCUACAGUCACCAUAGCCUCUCCUAUGGCCAUCCAUGCUCAAAGUCCCAAUUAUUUUUGGGUGUCUGUUACGCCGAUACAGCUGCAUCAGUCGCAGCUGUCUUGCUGUGAAUUUACACGCUCUUUAACAUCACUUCUGGCUUGAGAAACGGCCUGCAGGCUGAAAAACGUCCUUCAAAAAGCAUCUAGUAGUCAGAACCUGACACCGAUGAAGAGCUAGAGGAUGAUUAACACACACUGUACAUAAGAAACGAUGAGCUCCAGGCCCUUAACAGUACACCAACAAGGUAUCAAAAGCAUAAAUAUAUCUAGCACAUUGUUCAGUAAGUGUAGGGGGAAAAAAUCUGCAUCUUAAGAAACAAAAACUCCAAUUACUUCCGGUACUCACCACCAUCAAUGUUAUUGUUUAUACUUAAUUAAUUUCAAUGUUAAUUUACCUGUAUGAUUUUGUUGUUGGGUUUAGUGAAUGUUUGUCUCUUGAUCUUGAUUCGCUUGUUCCUGGGAGACAUUUUACAAACAGAAAAUAAAGCAGCAUUCAUGCUUGACUUAA